AUGAGGACUCUUUCCUUCCUACUCUGGCUAUGUGUGGCAGUUUGCUCAGCCUAUCCAUUGGACAGAGCUGCAAAGGACGAGGCUGACAACAUGGAACUUCUUGAGCGAUACCUAGAAAACUUCUACAACCUUAAAAAAGACGUAAAGCAAUUUGUUAGAAGAAAGAACAGUAGCCCUGUUGUUAACAAAAUCCAAGAAAUGCAGAAGUUCCUUGGGUUGGAGGUGACGGGGAAGCUGGACUCCAACACUUUGGAGGUGAUACAGAAGCCCAGGUGUGGCGUUCCGGACGCUGGUCAGUUCAGUACCUUUCCUGGUACGCCAAAGUGGACGAAAACUCACCUGACUUACAGGAUUGUGAAUUACACACUGGAUUUGCCAAGAGAUGUGGUUGAUUCUGCCAUCGAGAAAGCUCUGAGAGUCUGGGCGGAGGUGACACCACUCACAUUCUCCAGGCUGCAAGAAGGAGAGGCUGACAUCAUGAUCUCCUUCGCAGUUAGAGAACAUGGAGACUUUUACCCUUUUGAUGGACCUGGAGCAGUUCUGGCUCAUGCCUAUCCACCUGGGCCCGGCAUUAAUGGAGAUGCUCACUUUGACGAUGAUGAACAAUGGACAGAUGACACAACAGGGACCAAUUUGUUCCUGGUUGCUGCUCAUGAACUUGGCCACUCCCUGGGUCUCUUUCACUCGGCCAACACUGAAGCUUUGAUGUACCCAGUCUAUAAGUCUGCCACCAACCUGGCCCGGUUCCGCCUUUCUCAAGAUGAUGUGGAUGGCAUUCAGUCUCUCUACGGUCCUCCCCCUCCCUCCUCUGCCAACCCUGCGGUGCCCACCAAAUCUGCCCCUCAAGAAUCUGGGACACUAGACAAGUGCGAUGCUGCUUUGUCCUUCGAUGCAAUCAGCACCCUGAGGGGAGAAAUCUUGUUCUUUAAAGACAGGCAUUUUUGGCGCAAAUCGCUCAGGAUCCUCGAGCCUGGGUUUUAUUCUAUCUCUUCAUUUUGGCCAUCCCUUCCUUCUGGCAUAGAUGCUGCAUAUGAAGUUAUUAGCAAGGAUACUGUUUUCAUUUUUAAAGGACAUGAAUUCUGGGCCAUCAGAGGGCAUGAGGUCCAAGGAGGGUACCCAAGGAGCAUUCACACGCUGGGUUUCCCUGCAACAGUGAGGAAAAUUGACGCAGCCAUCUCCGAUAAGGACAAGAAGAAGACAUACUUCUUUGUAGAGGACAAAUACUGGAGAUUUGAUGAGAAGAGACGGUCCAUGGAGCCAGGCUUCCCCAGGAAGAUAGCUGAAGAUUUUCCAGGGGUCGAUUCCAAGGUCGAUGCUGUCUUUGAAGCAUUUGGGUUUUACUAUUUCUUCAGUGGAUCUUCACAGUUUGAAUUUGACCCAAAUGCGAAGAAAGUGACGCAUGUUUUGAAGAGUAACAGCUGGUUUCUUUGUUAA